UUUGGGCCUCAUUAAUUAUUCAUUAGGUACUUGAACGCUCUGCAGGGAUUGGUGGCUGAGAGGCCUGGUCGACCUUUUCUUAGCUAGAGAUACGUGUCAUCCAGUACGCGGCUGGAGAAGUUUUGCAUAAAUUAUUCCGAUAAGGAGUGGGGCGGAGCUCUGUGCAUAGAUUAGUCAAAUGAGCCGGGGAGGGAGGGAAGCCGGCUACGAAUUAGCCUAAGUUAUUAAAGAUGGCGGCGGAGCGCAGUCGUUCGGCGAUGGACUCGCCGGUCCCGGCCUCUAUGUUCGCCCCCGAGCCCAGCUCCCCGGGGGCGGCCAGGGCCGCGGCGGCCGCCGCCCGACUCCACGGCGGCUUUGACUCGGACUGCAGCGAGGACGGCGAGGCGCUCAACGGCGAGCCAGAGCUGGACCUCACCAGCAAGCUGGUUCUAGUGAGCCCUACUUCAGAGCAGUAUGACAGCCUACUUCGGCAGAUGUGGGAGAGGAUGGACGAGGGAUGCGGAGAGACCAUAUAUGUCAUUGGGCAGGGAUCAGAUGGGACUGAGUAUGGGCUGAGUGAAGCUGACAUGGAGGCCUCCUACGCCACAGUGAAGAGCAUGGCGGAACAGAUAGAGGCCGAUGUCAUCCUUCUGCGGGAACGGCAAGAAGCUGGGGGACGCGUGCGUGAUUACCUGGUCCGGAAACGAGUAGGAGACAAUGACUUCCUGGAGGUCAGGGUAGCAGUGGUGGGCAACGUGGAUGCUGGCAAAAGCACGCUUCUGGGGGUCCUGACACAUGGGGAGCUGGACAAUGGCCGAGGUUUUGCCCGCCAGAAGCUCUUCCGCCACAAACAUGAAAUUGAAUCUGGUCGCACCAGCAGUGUGGGCAACGACAUUCUGGGCUUUGACAGUGAAGGCAAUGUAGUGAACAAGCCUGACAGCCAUGGCGGCAGCCUGGAGUGGACCAAGAUUUGUGAGAAGUCCACUAAAGUCAUUACCUUCAUCGACUUGGCUGGUCAUGAGAAGUACCUGAAAACCACUGUCUUCGGCAUGACAGGCCAUCUGCCUGACUUCUGCAUGCUCAUGGUGGGCAGCAAUGCCGGCAUUGUGGGGAUGACCAAAGAACACCUGGGCUUGGCACUGGCACUCAAUGUACCUGUCUUUGUGGUAGUCACCAAGAUUGACAUGUGUCCUGCCAACAUCCUGCAAGAAACCCUGAAGCUGUUACAGCGCCUGCUGAAGUCACCAGGCUGCCGGAAGAUCCCCGUGCUGGUGCAGAGCAAGGAUGAUGUGAUUGUCACAGCCUCCAACUUCAGCUCCGAAAGGAUGUGCCCGAUAUUCCAGAUCUCCAAUGUUACAGGCGAGAACCUAGAUCUGCUGAAGAUGUUCCUCAACCUCCUCUCCCCCCGCACCAGCUACAGGGAGGAGGAGCCUGCUGAGUUUCAGAUUGAUGACACCUACUCCGUCCCGGGUGUGGGGACAGUGGUGUCGGGAACAACACUGAGAGGCCUGAUCAAGCUGAAUGACACACUGCUGCUGGGCCCAGACCCCCUGGGUAACUUCCUGUCCAUUGCUGUCAAAUCCAUCCAUCGCAAGCGCAUGCCUGUCAAGGAGGUGCGGGGUGGCCAGACAGCAUCCUUUGCGCUGAAGAAGAUCAAGCGCUCGUCCAUCCGGAAGGGCAUGGUGAUGGUUUCCCCACGUUUGAAUCCCCAAGCCUCCUGGGAGUUUGAGGCCGAGAUUCUCGUCCUCCACCACCCCACCACAAUUAGCCCGCGCUACCAGGCCAUGGUGCACUGUGGGAGCAUCAGGCAGACAGCCACCAUUCUGAGCAUGGACAAGGACUGUCUGCGCACUGGGGACAAGGCCACUGUACAUUUCCGCUUCAUCAAGACCCCUGAGUACCUGCACAUAGACCAGCGGCUGGUGUUCCGGGAAGGCCGCACCAAGGCUGUCGGCACCAUCACCAAGCUGCUCCAGACCACCAACAACUCCCCGAUGAACUCCAAGCCCCAGCAGAUUAAAAUGCAGUCGACGAAAAAGGGCCCCCUGACGAAACGAGACGAGGGGGGCCCAUCUGGCGGGCCAGCAGUAGGAGCACCCCCACCUGGAGAUGAAACUUCCUGUCUAGGGGCUGGGCAGCCAGCUGCGUCCAGCAGUCUCCAGCCUCAGUCCAAGCCCAGCAGUGGAGGCCGGCGACGAGGGGGCCAGCGCCACAAGGUGAAGUCCCAGGGGGCCUGUGUGACUCCUGCCAGCGGCUGCUGAACCUUCUCCUGGCCCACCCCACCACCCAAGGGGUCAUCAUACUCUGGCCACCGCUCCACCAGAUGGGCAGAGCAGCUAUGACCGCCACCCAGCCCUCCUGCUCAGGCCACAGCCGGAGCCUCCGCAUUGCCCCCACCCCCAUUUUCCAGGGGGGUUGUAAUUUAUAAGCUGAGGAAGGCAGCCAGACCUGGAGGACUGACCGUCUCCCACUGUCCUCCCAACCUUCUUCCUCACUCUCACAUUUUUUGUACAUCUGGGCCCUUAGUUUUUAUUCUGUUUAUUAUACGUCUCUGUCUCUCUCUCUUGUGUGUGUGUGUGUGGUGCAGGCGUGCCACCCCCAGGGCCAUAUCAGCCUCUCUUUUCUCCUCCAUGGCUGCCUGUCUGCAUGUCUGUCUCUUUGAGAAUCCUCGGGGCCGUCAGGGGAUGUCAGGAGGGGAAGGAGCCGCUCUCCUAUCUUGCUGCUCCUCCUGGCACUCAGGAGCCCCUUCCAUGGAGACAGACUGGGUGGAGGGGCUUCUGGGAUUUGGUGUCUGCUGCUGCCAGAGCAGGAACCCACAGUCUAGGACUUGGGCAUUUUAACAGAGAGAAAGUAGUGGCUUCUCCUUUUCUCUCUCCUCCUCUUUCCCUUUAAGCCCGCAAACAGGUCAUCAUGCCAAAAGCUCUCUGGUUAUAACCUGGAGACACGUGGAGGGGAGUAGUGAUGGGAUUGUAGGACUCUCCCUAUCCCGGGCCGGGCUCUGACCCUGACCCUGGCCCUGGCCCUGGCCUUGGCCACCGACCCAAAGACAGCUGGUGGGUUUCCCCUUGGAGACAAUCCUGUGUUUGCCUGGGCCAGCCCUGGCUGCCCUCAGCUUUUGCUGAUCUGCCCGGCCUGGAGCCUCCCCUCACCCCGCUUCUUGUUGGGCCUCAGGCACUGGUCACGAAAAGGGUGUCUGGGUCUGCUCAGGAUCAUGUUUUCUAGCACCUCCUGUUGGAGGGGUGGAGGGAUGUUCCCCUGAGCUAGGCUGAGACUAAAACCCCAUCUUCCCCAUCAUGUCACCCCCAUGGCUGCUACAGGAGCACAGUAGUGAGGCCUGAGCUCCAGGUUUAAAAGACAACUGGAGUGUGGGGAGGGCAGGUAGGGGUUAGUGAAAAGACACUUCCAGGGUUAGCACAGAGCAUUUAGCCCUCUGGAAGAACCCCUGCCUGGGGUGGGACUGUGCAGGCCAGAGAAGGGGACAUGGGCCUGAACCCACCUGGACUGACCUCUGCACUGAAGCUACAGAUGUAGGGUAGGCUGGUGGGCGGGGGUGGUUCCUUCUCUAGCCGGGGCAGACACCCAGCUGGCUGGGUCCUUCCUCAGCCUUGCCUCUUCCUGUCUCCCUUUCCUUUCCUCCUGCUUGCGGACUGCUGGUCCCCUCUCCUCCCCUCCUUCCAGCUGUUUCUAGUUACCACCUACCCCUGGCCAUGGACUGAUCAGACCAGCAUUCAAAAUAAAAGUUUGUUCCAAGUUGACAGUGUGGUGCUCCCUGCCCAGCCCCUCCAGGUGGAGGUGCUGCCACGGGAACGCAGUUGCUCUGCCUGCCCUGGGGCCCCUGGCAACAGCUGGGAGCAGGGUAGUGCUGUGAGGAGCCCAGCUUCCCCGGUCAGGCAGGCGUGGCUUCCGUGUUCAGGCUCCCUCACCAGCUGGUGACAUGGGACAAGCUUACCAACCUUCUCUGAACCUGUUUUCUCAUCUACAAGAGGCAAAGCCAUACAUCAAGGUUGUGUGGAUUCAGAGAAUGUGAGGCCCUGGGGUGUGCUGCACACAGGAAGGGCUUGCUCAGUGAGUGGUCUGCACGCCGUUAGCCACCCUGCCACCUCUGUGCCCUGGGCAGGCUCGAAAGGAGAGCUGUGGCUGAGACUGCCAGGGGUCUCGCACACUCCUGUUGACAUUCCCAGCAACUGCCCCUGAGGUCGAUGUUGUGUUUUUCUUUUUCUUUUUGUUUGAGACUGAGUCUCGCUCUGUUGACAGGCUGGAGUGCAGUGGCGUGAUCUCUGCUCACUGCAACCUCCACCUCCCAGGUUCAAGCGAUUCUGCCUCAGCCUCCUGAGUAGCUCCUCCUGAGUAGCUCCUGAGUAGCUGGGACUACAGGCGCACGCCACCACACCCAGCUAACUUUUUGUAUUUUAGUAGAGACAGGGUUUCACCAUGUCAGCCAGGAUAGUCUCGAUCUCCUGACCUUGUGAUCUGCCUGCCUCAGCCUCCCAAAGUUUUGGCAUUACAGGUGUGAGCCACUGCACCGGGCCUGUUCCGUUUUUCUAGUUAAGGGAACUGAAGCUCAGAAGUGUCACCAGCAGGUGUACAUUCCCAUGCCAGCCUUGCCCCCCGGCUUUUCCCAGGCAGGCUCCUGCGUGUCCGCUGGCCCCAGCCCAGUCCUCUGUCUCUAGGCUGCUUCCCUCCUGCUGUCUCUCCUGACUCUGGCCCUGCUUACAGGGCCACUACUUGCUGGUGCCUCCAUAACAAGCCUCUGGCAUUGAGCCCCCGGCAUGGGAGGGGCUGUGGGGUCUGGGUUUCCACAAGGCUUAGCCAUGGCAGAACCUCAUUUUAACUCUUUGCCCCUACAAACAGCAGUACUUGCCAGAACCAUUCUUGGGAUUCAGGAGCCUCUGGCCGCACUCAGGAGGGUGGGGUUGGAUUUGUGUAGCUGCCAGGCCCACACCUGCUAGCAGGGGGCUGACUGGAUCCAUGCUUUACUGUGUUUAACGGGGGUAGCAGGGUCCCUACAGCCCUCCCAGCUAAACAUUUGGAACAAAACACCAGCCCUUUUGUAGCAGAUGCAGAAUAAAAUUGUUAAUCCAAUCACCUC